CCUCUUAAAAAAAAAGGACGUGCCACCCACGUCCUAGUGUUCAUGGUAUCUGACGAAUGCAGAGACAAAAAGCCUUAUGCUAUUCCUGUUCAGUAUAUCCCAUACCACACCAUCAGGGAUCGAGAAGUUAGGGACCUCACCAAGCUCAACAAAGUAAAAAUGACCAAAGCUGGGCUUCCUGUUGUUGGUACUUGUACUGAUGGAGAGUUUGAACAGCUUCGAUGUCGGUGCGAUACUAGACCUCUGCAAGUCUGGCAAAAUAGUGCAUGAUUCUCGUGAAAGUGUGGGCAAAAUGAGCAAAAAUACACUCCUCCAGAUGCUUCAGCUACAAGGAGUUGAAUAACAAAAACAUUUAAUAAAACCCAUUUAGUGUCUUUUCUACCACACCCUGCUAAACGUAAGUACCAAUAUCAUACGUACGUCACAAGGCGUGUCUUUUCUACCACACCCUGCUAAACGUAAGUACCAAUAUCAUACGUACGUCACAAGGCGUGUCUUUUCUACCACACCCUGCUAAACGUAAGUACAUAUAUCAUACGUACGUCACAAGGCGCGUCUUUUCUACCACACCCUGCUAAACGUAAGUACAUACAUCAUACGUCACAAGGCGCGUCUUUUCUACCACACCCAGCUAAACGUAAGUACCAAUAUCAUACGUACGUCACAAGGCGUGUCUUUUCUACCACACCCUGCUAAACGUAAGUACAUAUAUCAUACGUACGUCACAAGGCGUCUUUGUAACACAAACAAACGUAACACAGUACAUGCAUGACAAACACAUCUGUUUAAAGUUGUCAUUCGAGUCUUUUGUCCGUCCAUCGCCUUAUCAUGAGGUCACAUACCAUAGUAGGAAGUACGCUUCAACCAUUGUCUUGCUGUUGUGACCGCGAAACGCAUUCUUAACCCAUUUCUAACGAAAACAAACACUAUGCACGUGGCUGAGACAUAAGGGAGUGCGCGCCUGAUCAACAAUUGGCCACGAAACUCUGAGUCUAGCCUACGUAUGACUCGCUUCAAACAGAAGUUAGAAAUAAGUAAGAUUUCUCCUUCCCUAAAAAAUUAUACUCUUUUGCCCUAUAUUGUUUUAUCAAAUAUGAUCAAAUAUUCUAUUUUUCCCCAUUUCUUUGUUUUACUUCUUGUGAUGUUUAAAUGCGUUGUUUGUUAAGAGCUCUCCAAAGACAUAUGCCAUCAAGAAGUCUGCCUCCAUGGAAGAUGUGAAAAUCUUGGCCAGGGCAGAUUCAAGUGCCAUUGCAAUCCGGGAUACGAAGGCAAACACUGUGAAAAAGGUUCGCAACAUAAUAAUCGUUGUGCUCAUCCUAUCAACUGUCAUCUUCGUCGCCGUCCUUAUUGCGUUACUGACACAAGGGAAGAGUUCUGAAAAUGAUGAAAAUAACGACGAAGAUUCUUCAAUUCUUAUAGCCACUGAUGGUGGAACAAUACGAGGUAAUAGGAAUUCAAAUGCUUGGGUGUUCAAGGGGAUUCCCUACGCCAAGCCCCCUAUAAAUGACAUGCGAUGGAAACCACCUUUCCCAUGCGGGCAUAAUCACUGCUGGCAAGGUACUUUUAAUGCUGCUUUUUACGGUAAAGUUUGCCCUCAGUUAAACAGCGAAGAUCAAGUCAUCGGCAGCGAAGAUUGCCUUUAUUUAAAUGUUUGGACGCCAAGUGUGGAUAUCAAGCAGCCUGUACUUGUAUUUAUUCAUGGAGGCGAGUUGACUUACGGAUCUGGACACGAUAGUGGGAUUCAUCCGACCCCGGAAUUUGUGAGUAACUUGGGUGUUGUCGGCAUUUCUUUCAACUACAGACUUAACGCGUUUGGAUUUCUGAGCCUAGACGCUCUCUCAGACGGCUCCAAAAGCAAUACGUCUGGGAAUUACGGAUUCAUGGAUCAAAUUAUGGCGUUGUCGUGGAUUCAUACAAAUAUUGCACGUUUCGGUGGAGAUCCCGAUCGGGUUAUACUUCUUGGUCAAAGUUCUGGUGCCACUUCCUCCCUUGCUUUGUUAGUGUCCCCGCUAGCUAAUGGACUCUUUCACGGUGCUAUCCUUAUGAGUGCAUCCCCUGUAUUCAGUAAAUCAGCCAAUGAUGCUUCUAGUGACAACAAGGUUUUUGUCGAACGUAUGGGCUGUGCCCAUGACAGCCUUGCUUCUACGCGUGAGUGCCUCUACCGUUCUAAUGUAGCUAGAAUUAUACAGAAGAGCCCGUGGAAUGUAUACCCUUACUGGAGUAUGCCAGACCUGACCGAUCUUCCGACUCCGGGAUUUUUCAGCGGUGCCUUGGCAACAGUCGAUGGGCAUGUGGUACCAUACCCACCAAUUAUUGCGUUGUCUUCCGGUAGGAGAAUCAACGAUGUACCCGUCAUUUUAGGCACAACAGCUCAGGAGAUAGACUUCCUUCCCGGAAAGCUCUUCAACACAAAGGCAGACCUGAGUGACUUCAAGAGAUACGCCAGCGAGAGGCUCUCAAGAUUCCUGAGUGAUGCCGAAAUCGAGAAAGUAUUUUCAAUGUACCUGGUUGAACACAAACAUCCGCGGCUCUCGUACGCUAAUAUCGUCACGGAUAUUCGAGUCACGUGCCCAACACGUGUGCUUGCCGGUGGCGCGUCCACCGGACUGCGUAGUGUCUAUCGUUACGUGGUGACCAACUGGCCUAGUAAGCCAGUCACGCUUGUGGGAGACAAGACCAGUGCUUACGCCUUUCACAUGUGGGAUCUAUUGGCGUUUUUCGGUUUCCCUGAAGCGUUCGGCUAUUCGCCAUCUGCCAGAGAUAAGAGAUUCAUGGUCAAUUUAAGAAGGGAGCUUGGUAGAUUUAUCCAUAGCAAUAAGGUUGAGAGCUCAGUCUGGAAGCCGUAUCCUGAGGUGACCGCUCUUUUCACCGACGGCGGAAUGGACUUUGCGCGUUCGUAUUUGGAUAGAGAAUGUGACCUCUGGUUAGGGCAUGGCCUGUUUCCAUAUGGCUGGGUCAACUAGUUUACGUCGAAGACAAAACAAUAUAAAGGCAGAGCAAGACUUUUUUGAAUAAUUUAUUGAGUAUGACAGACAAUCAGUUGUAGUUAAACAUUUUCCAAAAUACGUUGGUGCAAAUGGCGAAUGGCACAUGGAAGUACUAAGAUCAAAA